AUGAUUACCUUUCCAACCUUCGAGGACGGCGACGUCAAGAUUGUGCUCGCCCCAGACAGCGCAUCUGACAUUCUGAUACUGCACUCUUCGAAGCUCGCUGAAGCAUCAUCAUACUUCCACGCCAGCUUGAAGAAGCCUGAGUGGUCGCAGAAUCGAUCCGAGCUCUCGACAAUGUUCAAAUCGAGAAUCAUGAUGCUCGACUUCCGGUACGGCGAUACCUUCCCGCUACUUGCUAGCAAGGAAGCAAAUGACCUGCUGAGACCCGGAGAAUGGCGUGAGAGGGCAGCAAGAUACGAAGCUUCGAUCAACAGCAGUUCGAGCGAUCGAUUCCGACUCUUGCAGAGGAGCCACGAAAGCGAGUUCGUAAUCGGAGCAUAUAAGCUGGGAUUCGCGCUGCUUUAUAACACCAGUGUCAAGCUGCCUUCCGGCACCUUAGCCCUUUCACGACUCAUCCCGGCUCUGACCACCUUCGCAGACGCCUACGAUUUGAUUGAUGUUCUGCGUCCACGAGUUCUUGCCACAUUGCUGGCUGGGCCUCUGGACGUCAACGACCUGAUUGCAGAGAAUCCUUUCGCAAUGCUGUACGCAGCAUACCAUCUCCGAUCUGCCUCGAUGUACUGGAGGGGCAUGCGCCACGCCAUCGCGCUUCACGAUUUGUCACGCCAUAGUGACGAUAUGGCAUUGCCUAGCGUGUGCCAAUACUUCUCUAAUCUUAGCCUGGUCCGUAUCAGCUUUGAAGUGACGUUGCGACACAAAGCCUACCGAGAGAGGAUGAACACAAUGUACGAGUCCUUGCUACACGACAUCGAACUGCCCAACCACUUCGAGUGUCAAAUCAUGACCAACAACGUCGCCAUAGCCAUCUUUAGAGACAGGGUCCUCAAGAACUUUGGAAGCCGACAGGCAGGAAUCGUAAAGCUUAGCAUGAAAGGCUACAACAUCAGCCAGCUGAUGAAGGAGUUCGGUGGUCAUGAUUGGAUGGAUGGGAAAGUGAGCUGUCCAUCCUACAGCUACACGAGCUUGGCUCUACAGAGCUGCUUCGACCAAGCUCUCGACAAGAUCCGGAAGGUGUUUCCGCCAGAAGACAUGGCGAAGGGGGUUCAGAGUAUGAGGAUCAAGGCGCUGUUUCCGCAGAUCGAGUCGAGGUAUCUGGCCAAUAUCAAAUUCGAGCCUGUGUCGAAAGAAGCGGUCUUAAAUGUGCUGAAGUAUCCCUGGGAAAAGAGGGAUGAGAAAGACGAGGUAUUCAAUAUGCGAAACCUUGGCGAAUUGUUGAAGGGAUGA